AUGGCCAUAGAAUCCGUUCAAUCGACAAAAGAAAGAAACUCGAUUCGCUUCAUUGCCGGUAUUAUGGCCUAUUGGGAAGCCCUGGUCUCUUUUCUGAAGGAUCAACCGCUCGAUGCCACGUCAUAUCUGUCCUCAUUUGUGGACGAAAGUUAUGACAUUAUUCAGUCCAAUCCCUGGACCGGGGUAUCUACACCUCUAUUCAUAUACCUGGCUCGCGUGGGGGCUCUAGGAAGACAGCGAGAGACGAUCCAAAAAUUGAACCUAUCAAGUCUAGCAUUGGAUGCCGAGGAACAAAUUCAAGCGAAUUUGAUCAAGAAAGCCCGUGAAAUUGAGACAGUGCUGCUGGGAUACCGUAUUCCGCCGUUGGAAAAGAUCGAGCAGACCCAUGAUAUACAAACACCCGUGAUUCACCUUCAAAAGACUGCGCAAAUAUUCCGACUCACGGCUCUUUUAGAGCUCUAUCUUUCAUUUCCUGAACUAUUCACGCCAUGUGCAAGAGAGUCCAGUCGCUCUGAAUGCGAUAGUUCCUAUCGCCUUGAAAUUUCACGGCCUUUGAAAAUGCUCUCUCUAGCGACGGGAAUACUAACAAUUAUAUCAACUUUGCCGCUGGACUCAGGCGCAAAUGUAAUACUCUGCCUUCCACUUAUCGUGGCCGGUAGUGCUUUACAAUCUUCUUCUCCUGCUUCCGCAUCUCAAAAGGUCGGACUCUUUGACGAGCUUGCCAAUAUCCACAAUGAACAAGGUAUACACGAGCAUUGGCGAUCGUUUGUGAGAGAACGACUGAAAAAUAUCCACAGAUUGGUUGGCUUAGCUUCGGUUUUACGGGCGUUGGAGGUCGUGGAGAGAACCUGGUUCCGGGCCGAUGUGCAAAGAAUAGCCGGUCAGCAGGGCAUGAGUGGGUCAUUUGUUCACUGGACAAAUGUUAUGGUUGAUGAACGACUGGAAACUAUAUUCGGAUAA